GUUUAAGAGUCCAAAGAUUACAACGAACGUUGCAGUAUAUUUGAAGUUUUCGUAUAUAUUGUACAAUGGACAAGUCAAAAUCUGGAAGUCUACUGCCAAAUCAAAAAUACUACUGGACCAAUUUUUUAUGGGAGUACCAGAAGGAAAUGCAUCAUCGUCGUCUACAUGGAUGACACGAUCUGUCAAUGUUCACGAUGGAAGUACUAGUAAGAUUAGUGUGUUCUAUCUUACCUUUGAUUUUACGUUGACUUCUACCAUGAAUGGAUUUUUUAUUGAUGAAACGAUCCUCUACAAAGCAGAUUGCAGAAAUCCAUUAUCAGAAGAUGAAUUGAUAAGAAAUGAUGCGCUGAAUUCAAGUGUAGAAAAUCAAGGUCUAGAAGAAUUACUGAACUAUGAAAGCAAAACAAUGUUUUUCUAUUCUCAUCAUCCAGAUCAUUUUGCAUUGUUCACCCCAGACGCUCAUUGGCAUCAAGGUGAGGGAUUGAAUACUGAUGGAGAACACAUAACCGACUGGGGUGCAAUAGUCCAACAGACGGGCCAUAAAGCGUCUGAUAUGAUCUCCAGCUGUGUGUAUGACGGCGAAUCUUGUAAGGAUAAUAUCACAAUGAAAUUGACGGAUUUCGGGAUGUGCUAUACUUUUCGCACCAACAGAAACUGCACACGACCGGGUGCUACUUAUGGUUUACAACUGUUACUCAAUGCUGAAAUAUAUGAGUACAUGGCAGGACCGAGGACCGAUGCUGGGAUUAAGGUGUUGAUGCAUUCGCCUGAUGAUGAGCCAAUGGUGAAGGGUUUAGGAUUUUCCGUGGCACCAGGAUUACAUUCACUUAUAGCAAUCAAAGCGAGUGAGACGUAUAGUAUACCCAAGCCAUGGGGGAGUUGUGCUUCAAAGGAUCUAACAUAUUUUGACAAAUACACCCAGGUCAACUGUAUGCGAGAAUGCUUGACAAAAAAUGUUGUAGAUCUAUGCGGUUGCAGGACAGAAUUCAUGCCAUACGCAAGUGAAAAUGACCCACCUGUUUGUGACAUGCACAGCUACUUUGACUGCAUCAUUCCAAACAUAGAUACUGCAAAUAUAACGACAACUAACUGUCAAGAAGACUGCAAUGAACAAUGCGAGAAAUUUGUUUACGAACCAAUGCUAUCUUUCGGAGCUAUGUCAGAACUUAGCGUUGAUGAGGUUCUCAAUAAAGACAUCAGCGGUGAACUAAAGGAUAAAUACUACAAUGCCAUAAACGUCCAGACAAAAACAAAUAAAUACAAAUUCCUCAAUGUUCAAAGAGUUUUCAGGGACUUGUCAACGAGCAUGAAAGUGUUCCAGCAGUUUUUAGACAAGUGGGUUUUUGCAGAAACCAACAUAUUUAAAAAAGUUGAAGAUGGUGCGAGUGCAAUGAAUGAAUACUUUAAAAAUGAUGCUAUGUUGACAAACACCGACAGAACCCAUUUUAAUAUUGACAACAUUCUGCUUGAUUUUAGAAAUAACAUUUUAGUAUUCACCGAAUCGUUGUUUUCUUCUUUGAACGAAGUAGAACAAUACAUGCACGGACUUUCGGCUGGAUAUAAAUCUGACUGGGUGCAAUUCAGAAACUUGACCAAAACCGUAAAUACAUUUGUCGAGCUGAAGGCUCAUGAAUUUGGAAAUUUUGUCGUUCGCCAAACGCUUUCACUUCCGUCCUGCAAUCAAUUUUCAAAUCUAAAGGAUUUACUGGACGACUUGACAGGUGCAUACUAUGUAUGGAAUUUGAACACUGAAGGCUUCAGAAAAAACAAAAUAACUCUUAAGACUUGUUUAGAUAAUCUACAUACGAAUUUAACAAACGUUGUUCUUCUUAAAGAACAACUAGAAAGUAUGUAUAAUGCUUCUUUCAUUAUCGAGGCAAAAGAUCAAUAUCCUGAUUUAUCCAGUUCACACUCAGUAAUAAGUGAAAAAGCUGGAGACAUUUUCGAUAUUGUGGAAUUAUUUCUAGAGAAUAAUCCCUCGUAUGAUUUUAUGAUAACUAUAACAGAAAUAGAAGAACUAAUAGCACCUGUACAAGGAGAAUUAAACAUAUUGACAGACACCAUCCUUUUAAAAUACAUGACCAUAUCGAGUGAGAUAUUGAGCAGUUAUGACAAAAUAGGGAGAGAAAACUAUGCCCGGUUAUUGCAGGUUAUGCUCGGUGUUCAGCAGUAUUUUCCAUCAAGCGAUGUAUUUAGAUAUGACGAAAUGAAUAUAUGGGAUGAACCAUAUGUAGUUUUUGACCGAGAUCAACAUGAAUACGAGACUAGAUUUAGACCAAUAAAGUCAGAAAUUAAACAAGCUUUUAUCAAAACAAAAGGGAAAGAGAAAAGUACAGCUAUCAUUAAAUCUUUCUUUGAAUCCUUAAAACCUCAGUUGGAUGUGUUUGAAAAGGAGUAUAGGGCAGCGAAAAUUAAUAUUGAAGAAGCGUUGGAUGAUGUAGAAAACCUCAUCGAAGAUUCAAAGAAACAUGGGAAAUUAGACGAUCAAUUUGUAAAGCGCAACUUCCUUGAACUGGAUAUAUAUUACUCUAAGCUGGCAUAUCAGAAUAUUCAGCAAAUGAAGGCGCUCGACGAGGAAUCUGUUUUAAGUGAUAUCGGUGGCUUCAUGGGACUUCUUUUAGGAGCUAGUGUGUUGACUGUGUUUGAGAUACUGGAUCUUAUAUUUUACAACAUCGGUAAAAAACUGAGAUCAAAACGCAACUUUACACCAAUUAAAGUCAGUCCUCUCUCGACUGAGCGUAUUUGAGAAAGUUAAUCUUCAUAACCACGAUACAUCAUACGCAAGACAUUGAGAUCACAAUGCAGCUAUAUCUACUGUGAAAACUAAAUUCUUUACAAACUCUCUCAAAGUACUGAAUAUUCAUUUUUUCAUUUAUUUUUAUUAAAACAAUAUUUGGGUUAGUUGUGGUUUAGGCCACGACAGUGUUUCAAAUUCAGUUCUUGUGAUAGAACUAUUUUUGUACAGAUUUAUUAAAACAUGAUAUAUUCUAAUAAAUGGUUAGCUUAUGUAUUGCUAAACCCAUGUCAGAGUUUUGAAUAGUUAUGCGACACUAUCUGCAUCUAUUUCUCAUAGUGAAAUGAAAGAGAAUUUUGCUUUUUGUGUU